UCAGCUUCAACAUCAGCCCAUCCAAUGAACACCCAGGAAUGAUCUCCUUUAGGAUGGACUGGUUGGAUUUCAAACCAGAGUGGACUGGAGCCACUGUCUUCUGUUAUUUCUCGGUACUUUGUGGUGAUUAGCAUUAUAAAUGGGGGUGUGAAUAACUUCUUAGCUUUGUCAAAAGACUCAUCUGAUGGCUCUAGCUGGUCUAUGGAUUAAGGCACCAAGGUGUGGCUCUGUCUCUAUCACUGUUUUUACCUGGGGCAAGACAUUUAUGUGCCUCAGUUUCAUUUGUAAAACAGAAAUGAAACCAAGUAUUUUUAGACAGGUCCCUCCACUAUUAAAAUUCUAAGUGUGUGUUUGAAAUAGAUUUUAUGUCUAAACAUAAAAACUGUCUAAAACUCUGGAUUGUUAAUGAAUGAAUUGGGGUUCAUUCUGAUGUCUUGGGUCUGUCAGUAUAACUGCUGUAAUGUUUUGCUCUGCAGUUUUUCCUAUGAUGGCAGGUGGAAGCAAAAAUUACAGACGUCUGUGGACUUUCCAUUAGAAAAUCUUGACUUGUCGCAGUAUGUUAUUGGCCCAAAGAACAAUCUGAAGAAAUACAACUUGUUUUCUGUUUCAAAUCACUACGGUGGGCUGGAUGGUGGCCACUACACUGCCUAUUGUAAAAAUGCAGCAAGACAGCGGUGGUUUAAAUUUGACGAUCACGAGGUUUCUGAUAUUUCCAUUUCUUCGGUGAAAUCUUCAGCAGCUUAUAUCCUCUUUUAUACGUCACUGGGACCACGAAUAACUGAUGUAGCCACAUAAGGAAAAGUAGGUUUUAAGCUAGUUACCUUUUAACAGGCUGAGCAACACAACUCUUGAAUUGCUUAUAAAGAUUCUGGAUAGGCAUCGCUGGCCAUUUAAAGGACUUGUAGGACAAUGAGAGCUGUGUUACUAUACCAUAUACUUCUGGUCAGCGCUAUUAUCAAAAAACUGACCAAGAACAUUUAACAACUAUUGCAGUAAGCAUUCCUUACAGGUACCAUUUAUUUCAAAACAAGUUUUUUAGUUUGCUCCAAAGUUAAAAUAAUUAACUAGCUAAGCAUUAUUAUUCUGCUGGUCUAAAAAUCAUUGUAUCCUUUAUUUUCCUAUUCACUGUUAUGGCCUUUUCACAUUUCUAAAUCCCAGCUUGAUCUAAUGAAUACUCUAGAAUGAUGUAAAGCAGAUAGGAAUGUAUGUGUAUAUAUUUAUUGCACACUUGCACAUCAAAUCAAUGUACAUAGUAUAAUAUGUGGUCCUUUUGUGAAGCCUAGAACUCAGAGGAUUGCUUUUCCCCCCCUCCUUUUGGCCUAUUCUGAGUAACUGCAGUGCUUUCUUAGGGACAUGACAGGGCAAAGCUAUUUUUUGUUGGCUUUGGGCUGUAUUUGUGCACUAAAUCUUUAUUCUAAAAAAAUAAAUGGAAACUUUUCUUUAAAAAAAAAAA